GAGGAUUCCGGAAGGACGGGGUGCUGGUGGUGGCCGGGGUCCCUAUUAGCUGUCCCCGGGCGCUGGGCGCCAUGAGAGGCCUGGGGCCCGGCCUGUCAGCGCAUAAGCUCCUGCGGCUGCGACUCCGGUCCCGGCUUCCAACCCGGCCCCGGCCGCGACGACUUGGGGCCCCCGGAGCGACCCUGGAGCGGGCAAUGGAUGAACUGCUGGGCCGCACCGUGCCGCAGGCCCCGGCCUACGAGCUCCGGGACAAGACGCCGGCCCCGGCCGAGGGUCAGUGCGCUGAUUUCAUGCGUUUCUACGGUAGCCUGGAGGGCGCGAGCCAGCGGGCCGAACUGCUGAGCCGCCUGGCGCGGGGUUUCGGCGUGGACCACGGGCAGGUGGCUGAGCAUAGCGCGGGCGUGCUGCGCCUAGGGGCGGCGGUGGGGGCCGCGGCACCGGGAACCUCGCCGGGGAUGGGACCGGGGAUCUCCUCGUUGCCCGCGCCUACCCCGCGGGAGCCCGGCGCCCUUCUCCACGCGGAGGACCGGCUCCGCUACGCGCUCGUGCCGCGCUACCGAGGCCUCUUCCAGCACAUCAGCAAGCUGGAGGGCGGAGUGCGCUUUCUGGUCCAGCUGCGCGCAGACCUGCUAGAGGCGCAGGCCCUGAAGAUAGCCGAGGGGCCGCACGUCCGGGAAAUGAAUGGAGUGCUAAAGAACAUGCUCUCAGAUUGGUUUUCUACAGGAUUUUUAAACCUGGAGCGUGUUACCUGGCACUCACCUUGUGAAGUACUACAAAAAAUCAGUGAGUGUGAGGCUGUGCAUCCCGUCAAAAAUUGGAUGGACAUGAAGCGACGUGUUAGUUCAUACAGAAGAUGCUUUUUUUUUUCUCACUGUUCAACACCCGGGGAACCACUGAUUAUUUUGCAUGUGGCAUUAACCAAUGAGAUUUCCAACAAUAUCCAGGCAAUAGUGAAAGAGUUUUCUUCUCCAGAAAUAGAAGACAAAAACAAAAUUGUCACUGCAAUUUUCUAUUCCAUCAGUUUGACCCAGCAAGGCCUACAAGGUGUUGAGCUGGGAAGUUUCCUUAUAAAACGAGUUGUUAAGGAACUGCAGAGGGAAUUUCCUCACCUUGAAACUUUUUCAAGUCUGUCACCUAUACCUGGAUUCACCAAAUGGCUUCUUGGAACACUGAAUUCUCAAACUAAGGAACUUGGAAGAAAUGAACUAUUUACAGAUGCUGAAAGUAAUGAAAUUUCAGAUAUCAUAGGUGGCCCCAUUAGCGAAACUUUGAAGAUACUUUUAACUAGCAAUGAAUGGGUGAAAUCUGAAAAACUUGUCAAGGUGUUACAAUCCCCUUUGAUGAGACUCUGUGCUUGGUACUUAUAUGGAGAGAAGCAUCGUGGUUAUGCUCUCAACCCAGUGGCAAACUUUCAUCUGCAGAAUGGGGCAGUGAUGUGGCGCAUCAAUUGGUUGGCAGAUUUGAGCCUCAAAGGCACUACUUCAUCCUGUGGGAUGAUGGUCAAUUAUCGAUAUUUCUUGGAGGAAACUGGUGUGAACAGUGCUGCAUACUUGGGAGCCAAGAAUAUCAAAGCUUCUGAGCAGGUUUUAAAUUUAGUUUCUCAGUUUCAGAAACUUAGCAAGCUUUGAACAGACACUUCUUGAAUUGGAGGUAUUUUUUUUCAAAUCAGGAAGUAAUUGUGGGGUCUUAUGUCUCAAAGGAAUCCUUUAUAAUGAAACAAAUUGAACUGUGUUCUCUUCCAAACAUUGGAUUUAUAAUGACAGAUUUUGUGUCCUAAUUUACAGUAAUUGUAUUUCUUUGCACUUGGAAAUGAAUAAUAUUUGCAGUCUAGCUGUCAGCCUGAUAAAUAUACAAGUAAACUACACACAAGCUUACAGAGGGAAGGAAGAAUUUUGGUGUACCUAUAUAUUUAACAAAAGAAAUUACUAGUCAUCAUUAACAUGUAUGUAAUAGCUUUCACCCCUUUAUUCAUUCUCAGUAUCAUCUCAGUAUCAGUGCCCUUGUCUGAACAUCACCUUCAAAAGGAUGUGAAAAUUUUUAAACAUACAUCUUGAGGUUUGGAUGGAUAAGUACCAUGACAAUGCAAAAAAGGGGUCUGGAUGAAGACACCUUUUUUCUUCCUAUUGUAUAAGUAAAUUCACGUCAUGUAGAAUUGUGUUCGCUAAGCCUAUUGGAAAAAAAAAAUAACCGUACAUGUGAGUCCUUUAUUUUAAUGUCAUUCUUUUCCACUCACUUGAAGUGUUAACACUGGUUAAAGGAUUGAAUGCAAAAACAUUCUCCAUUUUACUAGUUGAAUUUUGAAUGCCACACGUGUGAAAUGGGUGGUUUUUAGCUUGCUGGCAAAAAUGGAAAUAUUUGAGUACAGCAAAUUCAAUCAUUUACCAUGAACAAAAAAUGAACAGAAUUGCUACUGGGGUAUAAGUUGAUCAUUUGAAAGGACAUAUUGGGAAACUUUGAGAAGUUUUGUAAGAGGGUGCAUGAGCUCAUAAUGAGUUCAUUAGUAAGUAGCAAGUUUGCUCUAUAAAGUAUUAAAUAUUAAAAGUAUA